GCGCAAGCGUUUUAGAUACUGUGUCCUGUCCCCGUGUAGUAUCUGUAGGAGCAGUUGUGGAAGACUUCCCGAUACUCAGACGGCCGCCCAGCAGAUGUGAAGUGUUCACACAAGUUCUGCAAAUGCAAGCAGUCCCCGCAUUUCAGGCGUGAAGUAAAAAUGGUGCAGAAAUAUCAGUCCCCUGUUAGAGUCUACAAAUACCCCUUUGAGCUCGUCAUGGCGGCUUAUGAAAAGCGCUUCCCCACUUGCCCGGAGAUCCCGGUUUUCCUGGGCAGCGAGAUCCUCCGCGAAUCCAAGAGCGAGGAUGGAGCCAUUCGUAUCAUUGAGCGGAGUUGCAAACUAAACGUAGACGCCCCUCGGUUGCUGAAGAAGAUUGCCGGAGUGGAGUAUGUAUUUUUCAUACAGAAAAACACAGUCAACUGGAAGGAGAGGACUCUUCUCAUUGAAGCCCGCAACGAGACCUUUGCCAACCGUGUCGUCGUCCUGGAGAUAUGCAACUACUCAGUUCACCCCGAGAACGAAGACUGGACGUGCUUCGAACAGUCUGCCUCUCUUGACAUCAAGUCAUUCUUUGGCUUUGAGAACACAGUCGAGAAGAUUGCAAUGAAGCAGUACACGGCUAACAUCAAGCGGGGUAAAGAAGUGAUCGAGCAUUAUCUGAAAGAGCUGAUUUCCCAGGGUAUCACGUUCAUCCCCCGGUGGACUCCUCCAGCGGUCCGCAAGCAGGUGGCCAGCAAGGCUCCGUCGCAGCACGAAAGCAGCAAAGCACCGGCCGAACCCCAUGCGCAGGGAAGCGACAGAGAGAGCAGCGGCACCUGCCCUUCCAUAGAGGCAUCGACCCCUGACGCUGACAAACUGGAUGCCGAUUACAUCGAAAGGUACCUGGGGCAGUUGACUCCCAUGCAAGAAAGCUGCCUCAUCCGACUCCGCCAGUGGCUGCAAGAAACGCACAAAGGCAAGAUUCCCAAAGACGAGCACAUCCUCCGCUUCCUGAGGGCCCGCGACUUCAACAUCGACAAGGCCCACGAGAUGCUCUGCCAGUCGCUGACCUGGCGCAAGCAAUACCAGGUGGACUAUAUCUUGCAGACGUGGAGACCGCCCUCUCUUCUGGAAGAGUACUACACCGGAGGCUGGCACUACCAGGACAGAGGUGGGGGGGAGCUUGCUGUAGGGCUGCCCUUGGCACUGUCGCCAGUGACGUGUGGGGGAAGCGGCUUGGCCCGUCAGCCGUUUGUCACGCCGUCGCCCAAGAAUACCUCAGAGUGCAACGUGCCUGAGGGCGGACUCGUCCCCAAAUCGCUGUAUCAAACCGAUGAAGAGCCUGAAACCUCCGACCACAUCCGCCUCUGGACAGAAACCAUCUAUCACUCUGCAAGUGUCUUCAGGGGAGCUCCCCAUGAG